CAGUAGGUUAGUGCAGGCCAUCAAAUCUUAGUGACGUUCAAUAAGGCGCACACAAACAAAAAAUAUGGCGACUAAAACAAUUCUUGCUCUCUGCCUCCAAUUUUUAUUUUUAAAGAGUAUUUUCGCUCAAUGUAUUGGCAUACCAGAAGCGUAUGGCCUAGCAGGCUCUGGCAUACCGGGCCCUUUCACCAGUCAGCUGACAAUGCACAUACCGGCACUACCUUCACCAGCCUUCUCGAUCGUAGCUGAUGAUUUAAUUGUGGACGGUAUCGUGUCUGUUGCCGGGUCUCUGCCAUUCCUUGGCACAGUGACAUUAGGAGGCUCCGUUCCAGCUGUAGGCGAAGGAUCAGUUGUAUAUAACUGUGGUAAUGGUGAGAUUGGCAUUGUGAGAGAAACGCCAACAGGUCGUAUACCAGUUGGGGUAUACUAAAAUGUUGUUAAGUAUUUAAAGGUUGUGGUUAAGGACUCGUUAAAUAAAUGUUAAAUUUUUAAA